AUGCAUGAGGGAGGGGUUUUAGAAACCCCUGGAAAAGAACGAAAACGUGCCGCACCUCUUAGAACUAUCGAUGAAGAUAAAAAAAAUCGUUUAAAUGAAAUUAUCUAUAACGCAUGUGAUCAACUGUAUACAGAAGUACAUGAUAGAAGAAGCUCGUGUGCGGCAGAAACAGGAAGUUUUUUGGACAAUCCUAAGAACAUUCCUCGGCAGUACAAUAGCUACGAUUGUGGUGUUUUUGCAUGCAUGUACGCAGAGGCUGUGUGUCAAGGAAAAGAAAUUUUCGACUUUACUCAGAAAGACAUGAAAAACUGUCGACAAAAAAUUGUUGACGCUAUCAUGUCUUCUGCUGUUUCUGUCGUCGAAGUCGAAUCUGUAACACCGAUCACCAUCCCAACAGCCACUGUUUCAGGAGGUCCGAGGAGGAAAGAAUUUCUUCUUACUGCAUCAGCGAGUUUUCAUCAGGCUUUAUUGAAUACUAUGCAGCCGACUGAGAUCGCCAAUAUUCGAGGCAUGCCGUAA